AUGGCGUGCGAGAAAGACGCAGAAAGGGUGGAGAGUUUGCUCUCUUCCUUGGAGUUGGUCUUGCAAGCAUGGGAUCGUCAAAUAUCUUCAAGUCGCAAGGGUCUGGAGGCCCUGAAAGGCGCCCCUGCCGCAGAGGCGGCCGCAGAGGCGGCUCUUUCGGAUGCGCUGGCCGCAAGCAAAGCCAUCGAAGUCCACCUUGCUGCAGUUAGGGGAGAGAGACUCCUAUCGGUGGCCGUGUCGGGCACCGCUUGUGAGAGCGCCUCACACCUCGCUGGCGGCGAUCGUCCCGGGGUCCAUUCCGGCCCUGCGAAUGUCAGCGAGAAGCCCGAGCCAGCCAAAGACGCUGCGUUCGAUGUGAACCCGCUGCAGACGGAGCUGCCAAAGAGCCGAAGCGCUGCCGCGAAAGCUUUUCAAGCUGCACAGGUUGCCAAACGAAGGCCAGAGUUAUGUGAUCAGUUGGAGGAAGGCUUGGAUUCUGCUUCCAGCGCUCCCAAAGUAUGCGAAGGAGAUGCGGGCAUCGAUUUUUCCAUGUUCAACAAAGAUGUUUGGGAACGUGCUCGGAGACGCGGGGAAGCGAUGUUGAGCGAGUCCCAGGCUGGAGCAUUCUCAUGUUACAAGGAGACCUUGCCGAAAGCUCUCAAGGUACCGCAAAGUGGGCAAGCAAAGAUUCGCAGGCUCCAGGUCAGCACCGAAGAAAAAAUCCUGCGGUGCUACCAGGAGAUGGCAGCUGGCAGCGGCAUGGGUCGGGGGGGCUUUUUGCUCAGUGCGGACCUGGACCGCUUCAUCGUGCUGAUCCAGGCAUGUGAAGACGAUUUCCUGCUGACGCCCUGUCACGGCACAGGCAGUUUGAAUUAUGGUCACCUGAGCUUGCCUGGGCUCGAGGGCCUACCCUCAGAACUUUUUCAUCGACUUCGCGUUCUCUUUCGAAGCCGUGGCGAAGCACUGACUGGCGGUGGGGCAGCUGCCAUGGCAGCUGAGUGUUUGAGAAGGGCACGGGAUGAGCUAGAUGAUCUGAGGAACAUCAGCCGAGCGUUUCCAGGACAACUUCCGGACAUGAGCGCGGCCUAUCAAGCUUUGCUGGUUUACUUUGUGGUUCUUCUUGGUCUCCGGAAGAGGCUCAGUUCUGGUAUGAUCUCUGCGCUGUUGAGUCGGGAGCCUGGGCUUUGGUCGAGGUUUCAGGGCGUCUACGUGGCCGCCUGGGGUCGGAGAGACUUCUGUCGCUGCGUAGAAGCCGGCGAGUUUUUCGCUCGGUCGCAGGCCCAGUUUGAGGAGCUGGGUUUGGGGCAGAGACAUUUUAUUCAGAGCUUUUUGAACGGCAGUGAGUGGCAAAACCUUGCCAUCAGCCUUCAACGUUGUGACAAGAAUGAAGAUGAUAUGGUGCAUCCGAGAGCAAUCCAGCUUAUGGCAUCCUCUUCGCAGUGCGUGCCCGGAAACCUUGCGAGUCUAAUCAUCUUGCUACAUUCUUGCAUACUGGAGCAAGAUUUGCGCAAGACGCUGAUGCUGAGCGCCGGCAUCUUUCAGCUCGCAACCUUUGCCGCCGACUGCCUGGAUGCCCAGUACUGGAAAUUCACCGCGCGCGAUGCGGUCCUGCAUCAUGCUCGGCUCCUUUGGGAGGUUGGAAGAGGCGAGGUCCGCGAAGCGGUUCGGCUCCAGCCAAUGCUGCUGAAGCGCUUUGCCUGGAGCCGGGCCUUCCGGAGCCUGGCUCCGGAGUCGGCUCCAAGCCCGAGCACGUCGAGCAGGUGCGGCCCGCACGAAGUCGGCUCUUCCACCAUUGGGGUUGCAAAGCUCGGUCGCUUCACGUACGGGCCUCUUUGCACGGAGCUCGGGCGCUUCUGGCUGCAGGCGGAGAUCUUGAGGGACCAACAGCAGACCGACACGAAGCGUGUUCUGGCGAUCAUUCCCGUAACCAUGGCAGAGGAAGCUAAUCCGUGGCAUCAUUUGCAUUGGUGGCUGCCCGCCCUUUGGUUCUACAAGCUCAAGAAGCAGAUCGAAGCUGGGCAUUUGGAGGUCGCCCUGGUCUUUCCUCGCGAGGAGAUCGACUGGGCCACCUCGACUGCUCAAGGUCGUGUCGUCGACGCCUCCUUCCGUGGCCACACAGAGCCCGGAGAAUGGUCCUUCCUGCAGCCGACGUGGCCAACGACAGAAAGCGUCUCUGCCCACUUCGCAGCGGAUGGUGUGCAUGCAGGAGUCUUGCAAUGGCUCUCGGAGGUGCCGGCUCGGCCAUUGCAGAGCUUCCAGGGUGAAAGCUACAGCAACGUUAUCCUUGGGCUUCCAUCCUUGCGGUUCUUCCUCCAAACUCCGGAAAUGAGCUGCCACCAAGUUUCUGCUGUUCGGCGUUUCCUUGUCCGCUCCCUUCCGGACUUUGAGCUCGUUCCUGAGCGAGGCUCCCCGGGCUACAGCCCGGGCGACUCUCUUCAGCUUGCUCUGCUACAGAGGCAGGCUGCCGAUGGUCGGCAAAUCGAGAACUUUGAGGAGGUCCAAGAGUUUCUUCGAGCCAACUUCUCGGAGCUGCAACUCAAGGUCAUCAAGCAUCUUUCGGGUGUCCCGUGGGUGGACCAGUUUCGCAUGUUCAUCGGAGCCGAUCUCCUGGUGGCGGCGCACGGCGCCGGGAUGGCCUGGCUUUGGGCCAUGCGCCCAAGCGCUGCUGUCAUCGAGCUGAGGAGCCGAAGUUCACCAAUGUGGCUGCACUGCUCGGAGAUCUGGAACGCGGACGGCAGCCAGAUUUUUGGUGGAUUGGCUCGGCUGGCUGGUAUGCAUCACAUCUGCACCCGCCCUCAUGACCUUCCAGGAACAGUGGAAGAGGCACGGCUGUCAAAGAUCGGCGACAUGACGGAGGAAGAUGCAUACAAUCACAGUGACAACGUUGUGGUGUUUUUGCCAAAGCUGGCGAUGCUGCUGCACUCUGCUCUAUCGCUGGUUCGUGGAGACGCUUUGCCUUGCUGGGAUUAUCACUAUUGGCAGGGGCUCUAG